AUGGAAAGAGGGGAAUCAAGUAGAGAUAAUAGGCUAGCAAGGAGGAACAUAAUGAACAACCAGAAACAACAAUGCGUAGAUAAUCAUGCUGCGUAUAUGUCUACAUUACCCCUUCAAUCGCACGAACACAAGCGACGUAGGACAUCUGAGUUAAAUGCACUUUCAAUGUUGAGAGCACCUGUGAGACUUGAUCUUGGGACACUUGCAUACACCUGUCAAUUUUGUGGAGCUCUGUUCUGGUUUGCAGAGCGAUUAAAAUCAAGCCCUUCUCGAGCCCCUGUGUACUCUCUUUGUUGCAGACAAGGAAGGAUUAGGCUUCCUCCUCUAGCAGAUCCUCCACAGUUUUUAAAUCAGUUAUUGGCUUAUGAUGGUGGCAGAUUAUCAAGAUUGUUCCGUGAGCAGAUAAGAUUAUACAACUCUGUCUUUGCAUUUACAUCGACGGGAGGAAAAAUUGAUAAAGACGUUAACAAAAUUCAGGGGCCUUAUGUAUACAAGAUAAAUGGUCAGAAUCAUCAUCUGAUGGGAUCACUUCUUCCGAUGCAUGGUGCAAGACCCCAAUUUGCUCAACUAUAUAUCUAUGACACCGAAAAUGAAACUUAUAAUAGAAUGGCAACUAUAGCAAGGCCAGGAAUGACUAAUGGGCUAGACGAGGAUAUUGUCUCUAAGCUAAUCAAAAUGUUUGAUGAUGUCAAUCCUUUGGUGAGAGCUUUUAGGAUGGCCCGAGAUAGGUUUAGAGAGGGGGAAACACGCCGUAUUUCAUUAGUGUUGUCUGGCAAACGACAUGGUGAUGGAUUGCAAUACAAUUCCCCAUCUUUUUCGGAAAUGGCUGGUUUAGUGGUUGGUGACAUUGGUGAUACAGAGAAUGGAAGAGACAUAAUUGUUGAGCAGCAAGCACAAGGUCUGCAGCGUAUAGAUGAUCUCCACCCUUCAUUUAUGGCCUUACAAUAUCCUCUCUUAUUUCCAUUUGGCGAAGAUGGUUAUAGGCUCAACAUUCCUUAUCACUCAGAUCCAAACACUGCUAACUUGAAACGUGGCCAUGUUACUAGAAGGGAGUAUUAUGCAUUCAUGUUGCAGCAAAGAGUUUAUGGUGGAGGUUUAUUAAUCAGAGGUGGGAGACUAUUCCAGCAGUAUAUUGUCGAUGCCUUCACAUCAAUUGAAGACAAGAGGCUGAGAUAUGUUCGUUACAAGCAUCAGCAAGAUCAUUACAGGAGUGACAUGUACAAGGGCAUUCAAGAUGCAUUUCUAAACGGCGAUGUCGUGGCAAACUCAAUUGGAAAGCGUGUUUUUCUGCCUUCAAGUUUUACUGGUAGCCCCCGAUAUAUGCUACAAAAUUACCAUGAUGCUAUGGCAAUAUGCAGAACUCGCGGAAACCCCGAUCUCUUCAUCACUUUUACAUGCAAUGUUAAUUGGAUGGAGAUCCAGAGUGCACUUAAUAUGAUUCCAGGUCAAAAAAAAGAAGACAGACCUGAUAUAAUUUCCCGAGUAUUUCACAUGAGACUUAAUGAGUUUAUGGAAGACAUUAAGAAAGGAAACUAUUUUGGAAAUGUUGUCGGUGCAAUUUAUACAAUUGAAUUUCAGAAAAGAGGCUUGCCACAUGUCCAUAUUAUUAUUUGGUUGAACCAGGAUGAUAAAUAUCCAACCCCUGAAGAUAUUGAUGGAAUUAUUUGUGCUGAAGUACCAGACCCAAAAAAAGAGCCAGAACUGAAAAUCUGCUCACAAACAACAAUUAGUGACGAUGGGUUUGCAAUUUAUCGGAGAAGAAAUGAUGGUCAUGUUGUUGUUAAAUCUGGAGUGGAACUUGACAACAGGUUUGUUGUUCCAUACAAUAAAGGCCUACUGCUAAAAUAUCAGGCACAUAUCAAUGUGGAAUGGUGUAAUCGUUCAAGGGCAAUAAAGUAUUUGUUCAAGUACAUAAACAAAGGCCCAGACAGGGUAAGAGCAUUGUUGCAGCAAAGCUUGGCAAGAGAUAAUUCUUCUGCAGCUACUCAAUCAGAAGUUAUCGACGAGAUCAAGACAUAG